AUACUAACGUAACAUGUUAGACAUUCGUUUCUCAAAAAAAAACAUGUUAGACAUUCGACUUCUACGUCGAGAAAUCAUAAUAUAAAGAAAAGACUUUCCAUCUAAUCUUCCUCAUUCCUCUUCGAUCUGAAAAAAUGGAGAACUCCGGCUAUGGCAGAGACGGCAUUUACCGAUCACUUCGUCCUACCCUUGUCCUUCCCAAAGAUCCCAACACAUCUUUAGUCUCUUUCCUGUUCGGUAACACCUCUUCUUACCCGACAAAGCCUGCACUCGUUGACUCCGACACCGGCGACUCCUUGUCCUUCUCUCAGCUCAAAGCCGCCGUGUCUAGACUCGCACACGGGCUUCUCCGUCUAGGCAUCCGCAAAAACGACGUCGUGAUGAUCUUCGCACCAAACUCUCACCGGUUCCCUCUCUGUUUCCUCGCCGUAACAGCCAUCGGCGGCGUUUUCACCACCGUGAAUCCUUCUUACACUGUCAACGAGGUUUCGAAGCAGGUCAAGGACUGUAACCCGAAGAUCAUCUUCUCCGUUCAAGAACUGCUCGACAAGGUCAAGACUUUUGAUCUCCCCAUUGUCCUACUCGGUCAGAGUGAUCUUGACUCGAGUUCCAAGAUCCUCCCUUUGAACAACGUGAUGGAGCUGUCCGAGCCAGUUUCGGAUCUCCCUUGCGUGGACGUCAAGCAAUCGGACACAGCUGCACUGUUGUACUCCUCCGGAACUACGGGAAUGAGCAAAGGCGUGGAACUGACUCAUGGGAACUUCAUAGCAACGGCUUUGAUGGUGACGAUGGAUCAAGAUCUUAUGGGAGAGUACCACGGUGUGUUCUUGUGUUUUCUUCCCAUGUUCCAUGUAUUUGGGUUGAGUGUGGUUACUUAUGCACAGCUUCAGAGAGGGAACGCUGUGGUCUCCAUGGCGAAAUUCGAUCUCGAGAGGCUUCUUAAGAAUAUUGAGAAGUAUAGAGUCACUCAGCUUUGGGUUGUUCCUCCUGUGUUUCUUGCUCUUGCUAAGCAGAGUGUUGUGAAAAAGUAUGAUCUUUCUUCGCUUAAGUACAUUGGAUCAGGAGCUGCUCCUCUUGGGAAAGAUUCGAUGGAGGAGUGUGCAAGAAACAUCCCUAAUGUUGUGCUUAUGCAGGGUUACGCAAUGACUGAAACGUGUGGAAUAGUCUCUAUGGAAGACCCUAGACGCGGUAAAAGGAACUCUGGUUCAGCUGGGAUGCUUGCUUCAGGUAUUGAAGCUCAGGUGGUCAGUGUAGAAUCUGGAAAGCCUCAACCUCCAAAUCAACAAGGCGAGAUAUGGGUUCGAGGCCCUAACAUGAUGAAAGGUUAUCUCAACAACCCUGAGGCUAAUAAAGAAACUAUAGAUGAGAAUGGUUGGGUACAUACCGGAGAUCUUGGAUACAUUAACGAGGAUGGUAACCUCUUCAUUGUUGAACGACUCAAAGAACUUAUCAAAUGCAACGGCUUCCAGGUUGCACCAGCUGAGCUAGAAGGUCUUCUUGUAUCACAUCCUGAAUUACUAGACGCUAUCGUUAUCCCGUUCCCUGAUGUGUAUGCUGGUGAAGUUCCUAUUGCAUUUGUUGUACGGUCACCGAAUACCACGAUAACAGAGGAAGAUAUUCAAAAGUUCAUAGCCGAACAGGUUGCUCCUUAUAAAAGACUACGAAGAGUGAGCUUCGUUAGCAGUGUUCCAAAAUCUCUAGCUGGUAAACUCUUGAGAAGAGAACUUCGGGAGCAAGUAAGAUCCAAGAUGUGAAGAAGAAUCUUCUGUACCGAAGAACACAUAUCAGAAUCGCUGCCUUGUCUUCCUCUUUUCUCUACUAUUUCAAAUUAAACACACAACUCACUAUAAAGUGAAAUAAUAAUCCAAGAAUCAACGCAUGCAUUUAUCUUUUUCCAUAUUACUUAUUUCCAGUUAUUUCAUUGUCAACUCUUGUUU